AUGACAGAAAUAGCAAAUCUUCUACAGGUUCCAUUAAAACAAGGAACAAACAAAAAGGGUACAUAUAAUAGAACUAUGAAAGUUCCUGAUGGAAUGAAAGAAUUAGUUCAUAUUGUUGCUGGUCUUCAAAAAGAUGUUAAACAAAUGAGAAACGUUUUAACAUUACCAGAAGCUCAAGCAUAUGCCAAACGUCAUGGUCCAAAUUGGGAAGCACACGAAGCAGACAUUACGGGUCCAAAUGGAAAACCUGAUGGUAUAAAUGAAGUUUUCAUUACUGAUGGUCAAGGUAAUAUUAAAGUCAUAAAUGGUUAUAAAUUAACUAUAACUGAUUAUCCUAAACGUAAAGCAUAUAAUGAACGUUAUCCUAUGCAAUUUGAUGAAAAUGGAAAAGCUGUUAAACAAUACAUUGGAGAAGGUGAAAAUGGUCCAAUUAAUUCAUACCGUCAUAAUCCAUAUUCUUAUUUCAAUGAAGAAUUAAAUGCUAUUGAAGAGGGACCGGAUGGAUUACCACGAUAUUCUAACCAGUUUGAUGGUCAAUAUGCAAAUAUUAGACCUGAAAUUUCAGCUAAGAAAUUCUUUAAAGUUGCUUUAUUCGAUCCAGUUUUCGCAAAUGUUAAAGAUGAACUUAAACAGCAAUUCCAACCAAUUAUAGUAGCAAGAAUUGCAUCAGGUGCUUUAUCUUAA